AUGUUAGCAAGGAUCAAAGAAGCUAUCCAAGUGGCGAACAAUCCUACUUCAGAUGCUAUCACUAAGAGACAAGCAAUUGAAUAUCUAAAUGAAAUAAAAAGUAAUCCAAACGUAGUUCAAUGGCUAAUCACGUUACUCAAUGAUUUAGAGUCCGAUGAAAUGUGUAAAUUUGUUUCAUUACAGAUCCUAUCAGAUCUUAUAAUGUCUCAUAUAAAUAAUACCACUACUAGUAGCACUGCUUCCAUACUACCAAAUAUUACUCUAAUUAAAGAUUCUAUUCUAAAUAUUCUGAAGGAUAAAAUUAACCGUAAUGACAGGGAUCCGGAGUAUAUGAGAAGUAAAUUUUCUGAAUUAAUAACUAAAUUGUUUCUGCUAAUGUAUGGGGAAUGUAAUGGUAAUCAAUGGAAUAACUUCUUCAUCGACCUUUUUACAAUACUACAAAUCAAUUCUUUAUUAGAUACUCACACUCUAUCGUUUUCAACUUUAGGCCUCGAUUAUCUUCUACGAAUCUGUAUUUAUAUAAAUUCUGAAAUUGCUGAUCAAACUUUUAUCAGAUCAAAAGAAAUUCAAUUGAAAAACAAUUGUCUGAAGGACCAAAUGAGAUUGAAUGAUAUCAAACUAUUGGUGCAGAUCUGGAUCAAUACACUAAAAUACGUUUUAAAUGGUACAAAACAAAAUGUAGAUACAAAUCUAAUGGAAUUAACGACAUGGUCAUUGUCCUGUAUUGGAUCCUAUAUCUCAUGGAUCGAUAUCAAUUUAAUUAUUAAUCCAACCUAUAUAAAUUUGAUCUAUAAUUUCUUAGAUUACAAUGAGACAAAGAUCGCUUGUUCAAACUGUCUUUGUGAGAUUAUUACAAAAAAGAUGAAACCAGUUGAUAAGUUGUCAUUAUUAUCACUUCUAGACUUAAUGAAUAAAUUAAAUUCAAUAAAUCAUAACGAUGAUCUGGCUAUUCACGAAAACUUAGCAAAAUUAGCUUCUACUAUAGGUGUCGAGCUGUCCCUAAUUAUGGAACAAUGCCAAGAUAUUAUCGAUAACAAUAACCCUCAGAAUAAGAAUAAUAAUCAAAACAUAAAUCUAAAUAAUAAUAACAACAACAAUUCAACAUUGCAUAAUUCAUCAAAUAAUGAUAUGGAACUUCAACAAGUAUUGAUAGCUACAGACUCAAGAAUUUUAAACCAAUGUGUUCCAUUAAUUCUGAAAUUUAUGUCCCAUGAAUAUGAUUCUGUAACACAACAAUGUUUCCCAUUUAUAAGCCAAUACCUUUCAAUCUUGAAAAAAUCGUUUGCAAUCGGUGGUAAACCAGGUUCUGCAGUAGCAAUAAAUUCCAAGAAACAACCUCUAGAUUCCGAACAUUCAAAUUUCUUAGUCACAUUGAUGUCUGUUAUGUUUAAAAAAAUGAGAAUAGAUGAAGAUUCUGAUGAUGAAGAUUCUCAAGAUGAUAUAGAGGAGUUUACAGAAACUAUCAGAUCCAAAUUGAAAACUUUCCAGGAGAGUAUAUGUGUCAUCAAUCCACAACUGUUUCUUGAAAAUAUAUCUAAUAUGAUACAAAGUUUACUAACAGCUACCACUAAUGGAAAUAGUAUCAAUUGGAGAGAUUUAGAAUUAGCAUUAUGGCAAAUAAAUAAUUUAUGUGAAACCAUCAGAAAUAAUCUAUUUGGUUUACCAAAAAAUGAAAUUAUGUCCUCACCACCAGCAACUUUAAUGUUUAAAUUUAUGAAUAUUUUAUUAAACAAUAGUUCAAUAUUUCAAACCGAUAACUCAUAUAUACAAAUUGCAUUCUUUGAGUUGAUUGUUAGACAUAGUAAUUUCAUUACAGGUGAGAAAGAAUAUUUCACAUUAUUAAAUGUGUUUUGCUCAGACUUUGCGAUGUUUAAUAAAAGAGAAAGAGUCAGAUUAAGAACAUGGUAUCUAUUCACUAGAUUCAUUAAAAUGAUUAAACCAAAAUACUCAAUCUCUAUUUUAUCCGAAAUCAUCGCCAAAAUUCACCCAUUAUUAACAAUAAAAGUGACAUCAAUAAAUUUGGAUGGCUCAGAGAAUGACACCACUUUUGAUAAUCAAAUGUACCUUUUUGAAGGUAUUGGUUUACUAAUUGGUGCUAAUUCUGAUUCAAAUUAUGACAUCCUAGAUAAUGUUUUAAAACCAAUGUUCACUCAACUGGAGGGCUGUAUCUCUAGUCAAAUUCAAACACCAGAAGUUGUAUUGCAAUGUCAUCAUAUCUUAAUGGCAAUUGGUACAUUAGCGAGAGGUGUUCACGGAGGACUGGUACCGGAAAAUCAAGUUAAUAACACCCUUGUUAGUAAACAGUUAAUCCAUCAAUCUUUGAUUGAGAAGUUUUCAAACAUCGCAGAAGUAAUCCUCGUAACAUUUUCAUAUUUCAGUAAACACGAAAAUAUUAGAGACGCUUCAAGGUUUGCCUUCUCGAGAUUGAUCCCUAUCUUAAACAGUGGAAUUAUACCAUUUGCUAAUAAGUUAAUUGCACUAUUUUUAGAGUCCGAUUUGAAAAUGCUAGAGUUGAACGAUUUCCUUGGAUUUUUAGGUCAAAUGAUCCAUACUUUCCAUAAAGAUGAAAAUUGCUUACAAUUAUUUAACAACCUUUUAACCCCAACCAUAAACAAAGUUCAUCAGAUGAUGAGCUUGAUUGAAAACGAACAUUUGGCCCAAAAUCAAAGGGACGGUAUUAGUAACAAUUCUAACGUUAAUAAUAACAAUGUAACAAUAGAAAUAAAAGAUGCACACAACAAGAAUAUUAUUGUGACAGACUCUUUCAGAGAUAAAAUUUUAUUAAAAAAGGCUUAUUUUGCAUUUCUACAAUCGUUUGUCACCAACAAUGUCACAUCACUACUUUUAUCUCCUAAUAAUGCAAACACUCUAUCUAUUAUAUUAACUGAUUUAUUGACAUAUACACCUGCUGAAAUACAAGAGACAUCUGCUAUGAAGUUGGCAUUAAAUGUAUUAGCUAAUUUUAUUAAAUUUUUUGGUUCAGGUAAAUGUAUGGAUCCUAAAGACCCACAUGCCAUGGAAAUACAAAAAAUUGAAGGUUUAAAUGAAUUUUUUAUCUCAAAAGUGGUUCCUUUAGUUUUUGAAAUUCCAUUCAAUCCCGAAUAUAAGUUUAAUGUAAAGGAAGGUACUUAUAGAAUUGUAGCUUGUGAUCUGUCCCGUUUAUUAAAGGAAUUAUAUUUACAGAGCAUACAAGAUCCAAAUACUCCAACAGAUAUUAAUACAAAUCCAUUACUUAAAUAUUUAUCUCAUAUAUACUUGCCACAAAUUCAGUUUCCAAGCCAAUUUGCUUUAGAAUUGAUCGAAGUAUUAGUCACUCAAGACCAAAAAACUUUUGAAAAGUAUUAUAUUACAUUAAUGGACAGAUUAAUGUCUUAA